AUGGUUAUGGCCAGUGGGGGUGGCGGGCUGGUACAGUCCCCACCCGAGAUGAUGCACCAUCACAACAUCAUGGACACUUCCUCACAUGUCGAGAUGAUGCCCAAAAAGUUGAGGCUAUCAUUGUGCGUGGGCUGCGGGGGCCAGAUCCACGACCAGUACAUCCUGAGGGUGGCCCCCGACCUAGAGUGGCACGCGGCCUGUCUCAAGUGCCAGGAGUGCAGGCAGUUCCUAGACGAAUCUUGCACGUGCUUCGUUAGAGAUGGGAAAACAUAUUGUAAAAGAGAUUACACUAGGUUAUUCGGUACUAAAUGCGAUAAGUGCGGAGCGUCAUUUAGUAAAAACGAUUUCGUGAUGCGCGCCAAAACGAAGAUCUACCACAUCGACUGUUUCCGGUGCUGUGCAUGCGCUAGACAACUUAUACCCGGUGACGAGUUUGCGUUAAGAGAAGGAGGCGCAUUAUAUUGUAGAGAAGAUCACGACGUCUUAGAAAAGAGUUCAGCAACCAGCGGUGGAAGUACCAAUGCAGAAAGCAACAACAAUACAACCUUAAAUAAUAAUAACUCGCACCAUCCGCACGAACUUGGAUCCAUGUCAGAUUCUGGAAGUGAAUCAGGUUCCCACAAAAGCGGUCGCGCUCGCACCACUGCAGCAGCCGAUGGCAAACCGACGAGAGUACGAACUGUUCUAAACGAAAAACAAUUACAUACUUUAAGGACAUGUUACGCAGCCAAUCCUCGACCUGACGCGCUGAUGAAGGAACAGCUGGUAGAGAUGACGGGUCUCAGUCCUCGCGUCAUCAGGGUCUGGUUUCAAAACAAACGGUGCAAAGACAAGAAGAAAACGAUUCAGCUCAAGAUGCAGAUGCAACAAGAAAAGGAGGGGCGGCGGCUGGGCUACAUGUCGCUGGGUGUGCCGCUGGUGGCGGGCUCCCCUGUGCGGCACGAGGCUGCGGCGGCGGCGCUGCCACUCGAGGUGACGGCGUACCAACCACCAUGGAAGGCGCUCUCAGAUUUCGCUCUCCACGCUGACCUUGACCGAGCGCCUCAUCAUAGCGCCGCCUUCCAGCAUCUCGUUAACCAGAUGCACGGUUACGAUGUACCAUCGUUGCCGCCGCCUCGACCUCCGCAUGGCAGUGAAGAGAAUUACGUCACUUACCUCGAGAGCGACGACAGUCUUCCACCCUCACCCUAG